GUAUAUUUUUGGAUAGGGUCGCGGUCCCACUGCGUUUACAUCUUGGCGCAUCAUGGGUGGCGCAUCAAAAACACAAUAAUAACAUGGCCGGUUUCGUAGCUGUGCACACAGGGGCUGGAAACUGCAUCGAUGAGACGAAAUACCAACGGGUGAUUAAAGAGGCUUGUAUCCGGGCCACGGACAUCCUGAGGAAUGGGGGAUCCGCAGUGGAUGCCUGCGAGGCUGCCAUAAUUCGCUUGGAGAACUGCGGUUACACGAACGCCGGCUACGGCUCCAAUCUCUGUAUGGACGGCUCUGUGCAGUGUGAUGCUGCUAUAAUGAACGGGUCUACCCUGAACUUCGGAGCUUGCACAAAUGUCAGCAGGGUGAAGAAUCCCAUUCAGCUGGCUCGACAGAUUUGUGAGGCACAGUCGAAUCCCCAGCUCCUGGAACGCAUACCGCCCAUGGUAUUAGCUGGCACUGGAGCGGAGCGCUAUGCCGACGAAGUGGGAUGUUCAAUGGUGGCUGAUAGUAGCUUAAUGAUCUCAUCGAAAGCGAAGUUCCAGUUCAAUCAUUACAAGAGUAAAUACGAUCUGGUUGUGGGCAGCAGAAACAACAAGGCCGCCUCCGAGGAGCCUGUCUCUGUGCCCGAGGCGAGCAAUGAAGUGGAACUCGCAGCAUCGCUGGACACCGUGGGGGCUGUGUGCGUCGAUGGCGCCGGCAACACUGCAGCGGGCUGCAGCUCCGGCGGAAUACUGCUAAAAGUGCCAGGGCGGGUGGGCCAGGCGGCAACCUAUGGCGCUGGCUGCUGGGCCACCGACACAGACGAUCUGGCGAUAGCGACCUGCACGACCGGCAACGGGGAGUACCUGAUGAAGACGCUGCUGGCCAGAGAGAUAUGCAACGGGGCCUUCACCAGCGAUUGCGCAGUGACGAGUCUGCACAAAACGUUCACGCAAAAGUUUCUCGACUCUCCGCUGCUGCCACAGCAGCAGGAUCUCUAUGCCGGCGCCUUGACAUUGCUCUACUAUCCGAAGCAGAGCAGCGGCGAGGUGAUGUGGAGCCAUACGACGCAAUCGUUUUGCGUUGGCUACAUGGCGACAACGCAGAAAGUGCCAAAGUUUGUACAUUCGCCACUGCCCACAUACAGCGUCCCGGGCCGAUCAUGCGUCGUCAAUGGCCAUAAUUUCCAUUUGCGCAUUUAAAUUGGGGCUGGCCAGCAGCCGCAGUGUCUCUGCCGGCCCCAUAUCAUCCUGCCCGCCGUUCAGUGUCAGCUCUGCGGGAUUCUGCAAUUCUUUGAUUUAAUGUUUAAUUGCCGCGACAAUCGCUGCCAAUGCAAAAGUGGUGCAGCAGCAGCUUUGCCUUUGUCACUAUAAAAUAUUAAGAAUAAUUAAGAAAAAACAUUUCAUUGUACUUAUAUAUAUUCUCGUAGGUUGUAAGCCAUUUCUGUGUGAGCAGAUGCUGAGGCGAAUGUCCGUUUGUGUGUGUGUGCGCAAUGAAAUAAGUUUUCGAAUAUUGAAUUUUGAAAUUUCCCCUCGUUGAACGCAACAGUGCGCCAGAUAAAUCAGGCAGGCAGGCAGGCGGCAUGCGAGUGGGAAUAUCAUAUUCGUAUGUUUGUAUAUCCGUAUUGUAUAUUUAGAACCCGCUGACGUGCCACAUACAUACAGAUGUGUGCAAAUGUUUAUGUCCAAGUGUUUACGGCCAUCAAUGUACAGAACUUAACCCAUUAAUUUCGACGACAUCCAAACUAUAAUAUGGCCUACAGAAUAUCAAGGUCUAGUAGCUUUGAUUCGUCCUCAACAUGAAUACAUAAUUAGUUUGCAAAUGCUUUUACUUUUACUUUAACGAUUUCUAUGUACUAAUUAUGACGCGUGCUGUUAUAAACACACUCGUUUUGAUAGUUUUUAGCAGUUUCUCCCGGUUUGUUGCUUGGCCGUAAUUUCGUUUAGUAUUUCCAGGCAGAUAUUGCCCAACAUCUCGAGGCUUCUAAUUACUUUUAUAUUGUACAUCCAAAAUAAUAGAGUUCGGU